AUGGAUGUCCAAAGCGACGGCUCGCCAGCUGGUGACAUCAUCCGCGGUUGUUGCACGGCAAAGUUGUCCGUUGCCGUGACGGUCAACACGAGAGCGGAUGCCAGAUGCCAUUUUAUCAAUGCGCAGUUCAGCCUCUUCGCCGCGAAUCAGAGCGAUGUAUUGAUCCGACAUCGAUAUUACGAUAAUGCAUUUCGAGUCAAAUUUUGA